CUGUUGUUGCAAUGUUGCAAAGAUAUUUCAAUCUUCCCAUUGGCAAUGUUAUUACUGCCGACCCACCAAUUGACGUUAGGGUCAACCGCAUCAUCCUUCACCAAACUGUUGCCGUACGUCCGAGUAUGACAUACAUUCCAAAACCACCAAAUCCUGGUCCUCUCAACCUUGGACCUCCUCCAUGCGACAUGAGU